GUGACAGCUUUACCUGACCGUCAAACAUGAAUGACAUGUAUAUUCGAUAUCGAGCGGCGUGAUAUAUUAAACAUUUGUUACACUUUCCUCUGAUUUUGUUUAAUAAUUUGUUUUAGUAAUUUUAUAAUUACUUUCUACGAGUAACAAGAAAUCUUUAUAUUUUGUACAAAUGGCUGAUCUUUCUGAUGAUUCAGAUAUAAAUCCAGAAGAAAUUGCACGUAUAGUAGAAGAUAUUGAUAAUCUAGAUAAUGACUUACUUAAUAGCUCGUUUAAAAAAGCAAGUCGUACUAAAAUAGAUACUGAAGAUUCUACAUUACUGAAUAAUACAGACAUCAAGAAAAAGGUUCUAUUCAAAGACUUUAACAAAGAUGAUCCUCUGGCAGAUUUAAUAUCAGAUGAAGAAGAAAUACCACUAAAGCAAAAAAAUGUAAUUACACAAAAUGCUAAAAGUACUUUAAUGGAAAGUUUAUUUGGUAUAAAAACUAUAACCAGUUCUGCAUCUAGUAUCAGAUCAAGCGAUAGACCUAUACAUCCACUAUCGGAUGUAAGUACAGAUAACAUUAACCUGGUAAAAAGUUCAUUAAAUCAAGAUAGUCAAUUAAAUUUAAAAGAUGAAUCUAUAAUUUCUGAAAAUAAGCCAUUGAAGCAAGUAAAUAUACAUAAAACGCAAAGUACUUCUUAUAUUAAUGAUGGUACUACAGCGAGUUCGCUUAAUAAGUUGAAAUCAGCAACUGGUAAAUCACAGAAAUCAUUAUUAAUAGAAGACUUAUUUGGAAACAGACAACAUUCGACUUCCAUCCAGAAUAUCAAUUCUCAACAAACUCUUGAUAGUCUUGGUACCAAAACAAUUACAGAAUACACAGCAGAUGUUAUCAAAGAAGAUAAUCCAAUCAAAUCUACAAUGCUUGGAUAUGCUCCUACUGUUUCAGUACCUAGAGAAUCUCGUAGGGGAAGAAAAACCUCUAGUAUAAUUCAUGAUCCUUUAGGUUUACUUUCUUCACCUCAAGCUGAAUAUACUUCAGAAUUGAUAUCCAAAAAAACUGAAACUGCUGAAGAUUCAAAUAAAAAGAAAUCAGCAAAUCAAAAUCUACCAGAAUGGCUAGGUGGAACAAAAACAUCAGACAAUAAAAAACUACAGGAAGUUGAACAAUCAUCAUUGCAUAAUAUAGAACAAGAUAUUACACAACAAAACCCGUCUUUUGAAAAUACUCAGAUACGUCAUAAUUACACAAGUAAAGCAAUAGAGACAGAUAACGAUGACAUGAAUAAUACAGCUGUACGAGACGAAGAGUUACCAAUACUAAUUGGUACACAGUUUGAUCAACAUGCAGCAAUUAUGACUAUGCAACAGCAGGAACAUGAACUAAGAACAGCUACAACUUUAUCUCAUCAGAAUGAUCAAUUAAGUAAGCUGAUAGAAACUCAAAAAUACAAAUUAACUGAACAAGAAAAACAAUUUAAUAUGCUUAUUAAAAAACAAAUGGACAGACAAAUUUUGCUUGAAGCACAAAUGAGACAACAACAAGAGCGUAUUAAUCAUUAUAUUCAGACAUUGAUGGCUCAACCCACAUCUUUGCCAAUACCUAUUAAUUUUUCAAUGAAUCAAACUACAGAAGAUACAAAAGAGGAAGAUACUAAAGUUGUUUUAGAGAAAUCUAUAGACAAAUUAGAAUCCGAAAAAUUAUAUCUGGAAAAUAUACUAAAAAGUUUAAAUGAAAGACAUGAAUACGAAUUAAUAAUUCAUGAAGAUUCGUACAAAAGGCAGAUUACAUUUCUUCAAGAAACAAUGGACAAACUUGAAAAGAGAUUUCGUCAUGAAAUUGAGACUUUACAAAAUGAUUAUGAAUUACAAAUUGAAAAAAUUAAGGCAGAGAAAAUACAAAUAGAAAUGGCGUAUAAAGAAGAAAUAGAAAAUUUAAAGAAAGAACAUGUAAAAUCCAUUCAAGAAAUUUAUGAAAGGCAUUCUAUCAACAUACAUAUUUUACAAAAGGAACAUUCGCAAACUCUGGAAAAUAUAUCUAGAGCUAAAGAAUGUGAAAAUUUAGCAGUAACAGCUGUAACAACUCUCAAAUCAGAUAUGGAAGAGAUGUUGCAUAAAACUAGUAUUUUAAUCACCAAUAUAAAGACUGUACACGAAAAAUUAAAAAAAAAGGAUGAAAAAAUUGAUAAAACAAAAGACGAAUAUCUAAAAUUAGAAAAAGAAUAUUUGGAAGCAGAAAGACAAAGUACGGAAAGGCAAAAGGGAAUCUUGGAAGAAGAACGUAAAGAAAUUGUGGAGUCCAUGAAAAAGCUUGAAUUACAAUUUGUACAGCUUACAUCGGAUAUCCAAAAACGAAGCCUACAAUAUGAUGAAGCAGAAGAAAGACUUAAAACAAAAGAGCAAACAUUAACAAAAGAAAGAGAAAUAUUUGAACAGAAAGUAAUUUGGGAACAUAAACAUUUAGAGAGUUUAAAGGAUGCAUGGAUAAAAGAACAAGAGAGACAGUUAGGAUUAAUUGCACAAGAAAGAGAAGCAGUUGUAACUGAACGUGCAAAAUUAGAAGUUUUUGAUAGAUUAAAAUGUGAUGAUAUGGCAAAGGCAGAGUUAGAAGCUGCUAUAAAAGCUGCUCAAAAUGCAAAUAAUCGUGCUAAUCAGGAGAGACUGAAAUGGCAAGAAAAAAUAAGAGAACUCGAAAUACAACAGCAACAGAUUCAAGGAAAAGAAAAUGAACUUAUACUACGUGCUAAGGAACUUGAAAACCUAACACAGUCUGCAUUAACAAAAAGAGAUGAAGGAAUAAAGGCAUUAAAACAAGCACAUCAAAUUGAUAAUCAACAUAAGGAAAGACUGGGUCAGUUACAAUUACAACUUGAAGUAUUAGCACAAAGAGAAACUAAAAUUGCUUCUGAAAAACUACAUUUAGCAAGAGAGAGAUUAGCAUUACGAACUUCUCAAACAGAAAAACCGGUAAAAGACAUAAAAGCAAAUAUUCAUUCUACGUACGAAGAUGGUUCAGCAGUUUUAUCAGAACUUCCUACUUCACAAGUUAUACCAUCUUACAUGGAUAUUAUUGAUCCUCAAUUAAUAAUGCUAAAAUUAAAUUUGGAUGAUCAAUUAGAUAUCACCAAUAAAUGCCUUGAAACAAUAGGUAUUUAAUAAAACAUUAAAUAGAAGUCUAUACAAAGAUUAUGUCCAUCCAUUU